AUGCUGCGUUGCUUAGUUUUGCAUUUGGAGAACAUCGAGCUUCAGAAACUCGUGACCACUGCUUAUGAAUCCAAUGCUGCUUUCUUCGAUACGGCCGAACGCUAUGGAUCGCACUACAAGACGGCCAUGGGUAUGGGUUGGGGUGAAACGGAGAAAAUGACCAGGAUGCUUCUGGACCGCAUUCCUCCGAAGGAAAAAGCGGAACGCAUAACACCGGUCAUCGCGACUAAAUUCACGCCGUCACCGUGGAGAACGAGCGUGCAAAGUGUAGUAGAAGCCUGUGAACAAUCACGGGAACGUUUGGGGGUGGAGCAGAUUGAUCUAUACCAACUGCACAUGCCAGAUAUUGUGCAGCCUUUUCGCUUCUUCGGCAAGGAGGAUAAUAAGGAUGCUAUUUAUUGGGAUGGAUUGGCGGAAUGCUAUCACCGUGGGCUCGUAAAGAACGUGGGUGUAUGCAACUACGGACCAACAUUGGUUACGCGAUGUCAAGAGGCACUGGCGAAACGAGGUGUUCCGCUGGCUUCCAAUCAGAUUGCCUUUUCCUUAAUGGGCCGCCACAACGGUGCUCAAGAAACUCUAGACAAGUGCAACGAAAUGGGAGUCAAAGUGCUUGCUUUCUUUCCUUUUGCUAUGGGUCUCUUGACAGGAAAGUAUUCCUCAAAUGAUCUGUCCAAAAUUCCGUUGAAGGAAUCACCUAUUUUGAGCUUGGCUGAAAGCAUUGCUCCACUAUUGAUGGCAAUGGAACAAAUUUCAAAAGUACGGAAUAAAUCGGUCGCACAGGUGGCUCUGAAUUACAUUAUUUGCAAAGGGGCAAUUCCGAUCCCGGGAGCUCGAACAAACGCUCAAGUCUUCGACAACAUUGGAGCCAUGGGAUGGCGUUUGACCAAUACGGAAGUAGCAUUGCUGGAGCAAACUGCC